AUGAGACUACCCAGCAGUCUUGCAGCCGUCGCUCUUCUCGCGGGCUACGCCGUUGCAAAAACAUGCUCGCUCGCGCCCCUUGGAGAUGGCUUUGACGACACGGACCAGGUUGAGGCUGCUAUCGCCGCGUGCGGGCACUUUGGCACGACGACGUUUGGGCCGGGGCAGUACAACAUUACGCGGAAGAUGACUUGGAACCUCGUUGACUCCCGUGUGGACAUGCACGGCUACCUGAGUUUCGUCCCCGACGUCGAGUACUGGCUGGACGCGUCCAACACCUACCGCGUCAUCUUCAUCCAAGACCAGGCCUCCUGGUUCGUGAUCACCGGCCACGACUUCGUCAUCGACGCCCACAAUGCCGGCGGCAUCAACGGGAACGGCCAGACCUGGUGGUCCUACUACGCAACCCGCACCCGCGAGGACGGCGACGGACGUCCGGUGGCCUUCACGCUCAAGAACGUCACGAACGGCCUCGUCAAGAACUUCCGGAUCGAAGCGCAGCCGUUCUGGUGCAACGCCGUCGCAGACUCGAGGAACGUGGUGUACGAUGGGAUGAUGUGCAACGCGACGAACCAGGACCCGUUGUAUGCGGGGAAAAACGUCGUGCCGAACACAGACGGUAUCAACACGUAUCGGUCUGACCGUAUCACCCUUCGCAACUGGGAUAUUACUUGCGGCGACGACUGUCUGGCCAUCAAAGGAAACUCUACCAACAUCCACGCCAAGGGCGUAAAAUGCCGGGGUGGAAACGGCAUUGCGUUCGGUUCGUUGGGGCAAUACGUUGGUUUGCCGGAUAUCGUCGAAAAUGUCGUUCUUGAGGAUAUCGAGAUGAUUCGGCUCGAUCCAAAAGUACAACCGAAUAUGGUCAGCGGGGUUUACUUCAAGAGCUGGACUGGUACCGUCAACGGCUCGCCUCCGACCGGGGGCGGAGGCGGCUCAGGCCACGUGUCGAACGUGCUAUGCAAGAACUUCUCGCUCAACAACGUCACUUUGCCUGUGCACGUGUACCAGACCAACGGGGGACACUCGAAAGACCUUCCAUCAACGCUGCAGUUCAGCAAAUUGUCUUUUGUUAACUGGACCGGGACCAGCCAGCGGAGCACGUACGUCGAGCUCGAUUGCAGCUCCGCCGCGCCAUGCCCGAACAUGCUGUUCGAGGACUUUGAUAUCCAGGUGCUCUCGGGGGCCACCCCGACCGCCGAGUGCGAGAAUGUGGUCAGCGUGACGGGACUUCCUAGUGCGUUCUGCUUUGUUGUACUCUUCUUCGCCGAACGGGCCCCUGACUAG